AUGGCUGCAUUCUUACCAUUUGUACCAAUAGCACAUAGAUUAGUGGAGGCCCUAGUAGGUGGCUUAUCUUCGAUACAACAACCGGAUGAUUCAGUCGAAACUGUCAGAUUGCGUCAAGAAUUGGCUCAAUAUCGUCAGCAACAUGCCGAACUUCUUGAACGUUUCGAUUCUCUCAGUAAAAAAUUGCAACGAGAAAAAAUUGAAUCAUUCGAGGAUCUCGAAAAACAAGAUAAAGAGGCUAAGAAAGUUCUUAUAACAUUAGCACAACAAACUAAGCCGGUUCAGAUGAUAGGCAUCAAUAUAGGCUUGUUUGGUUUAACAUCAACUGGUAAGUCAACUAUGCUUAAUGCUCUUCUUGGUCAAAAAGUUGCUGAUACUGGUGUUGGUGAAACAACAACGAAAAUUACAUCAUACAAUGGAACUAAAUUCAUACUUUGGGAUGUUCCUGGUCGAAAUGAUGAAGUAUCUUAUCUCAGUAUGGAAUAUAUUUCUUUCUUUAAAGGUCUUUCACGACGUUUGAUUUUAAUUCAAUCAACAGUUAAGGAAAAUUCAAGCAUGAUGAAACUCUUAGAUGAAAUUGGAUUACAUUAUGAUAUUGUUUUCAACAAAUUUGACAAAGUUGAACCAGAAGAACAAGAAGCAGUAAAAAAUCAGAUUCAAUCUGAAAUUAAAAAAAUUGGUCUCAAAGGAGUGGAUAAAGUAUAUUUCGUAAGUGCUAAAAAUCCAAAGAUGUUCGACGACUGGCUUACUAUGGUCAAUGCUUUAACCAAUUGA